AUGUCUAACCAGCAAUUCUCCAACGCCGACACGGGCAACCGCCCUGCCGACCCUUACAAGGAUGCCAACAAGGACGAGGUGCCUCUUCAAACCAAGAUUGAGGACUUGACCCAGUUCAUCAAUGCCACAAAGUUCGCCAUGAUGACCACACGUGAUGCCUCGUCUGGCAACCUCGUUUCGCGCGCCAUGGCACUGGCCGCCUCUGAGGUGGGCGGUAUUGAUCUACUCUUCCACACCAACACCGAGUCCAACAAGACGGACGAGAUCAAGAGCGACCCUCACGUCAACAUCUCGUUCAUCAACAGCUCAGGCGACUGGGCCUCCGUCUCGGGUGUUUCCGAGGUGGUAACCGACCGUAGUCUCGUCAAGAAGCACUACAGCUCCGAACUCAAGGCGUGGCUGGGCGACCUUGGCGAUGGCAAGCACGACGGCUCGGAGAAUGACCCCCGCAUCGGCAUCAUCCGUGUCAAGACGAACACCAUCACGUACGCCGUUUCUCACAAGACAUUUGUCGGCAAGCUGGCGCAGGUAGCCGAGGGAAUCGUCACCGGCAGCGCAGCUCAGGUAAACAAGCUCAGGGAAAUUUCGUCGCACGACAUUGAAAAGUGGAGGGCCUCGCAGUCCCUGGCGCAGUAA